GAACGAGAAUGUUGAAGCCCGCAUUUGUUACGCAAAUCUCGAAUGUUUCCAGCGAUCCGCCGGCCUGGCUGGAUCAGAAGGAAUUGCAGCAACUAAUUAAAGAGGAAUUCCCCACAUUUCAGCAUAUAGAAAGCUUCCGCUGCAGAUCCGAACAAAAUGGUCAGCGUGUGCAGAUCCAAAUAAAGUUGGCGGGCAAUUCUGCUCGCACUAUCAACUACCUCGUGAAAUCGAAGGAUCUUGCUAAGCUGGUAACUUUAAAGUUUCCUCAAGACAACAACUUUCAGCGUGAGCUGCACAUGUACGAGGUGGUGCUGCCUGCCCUCGAGAAGCUCUAUAAGGAUGUUGAUAAGAACAUAGCCUUCACACCCAGCUGCUAUAGAAGGGUUCCAACUGCAAGGCACCAACUGUCCAACUGUCUCUUUCUGGAUGAUCUUCAAGCCAAGGGCUUUCGGUCGGCCAACCAGCCGCAGGGUCUAGACCAAUCAGCUAUGGAGGUGUCGCUAUCAAAACUGGCCGCUUAUCAUGCGGCUACAGCGCGAUAUUUGCAACUGAAUCCAGCUCAGUUCAAUGAGCUAGUUCCAAGUAAGGAACCAGCCCAAGAGUUACAAGAGCUUAAGAGCUGGCUACAACGCAAAUUUCAUGAGAGUUUGCGGUCAAACGAUUUGAAGCAUUAUGAGGAUAAGGUGAAAUCAUAUCAGAAAUAUAUAGCCGGCUACAUGGAGACGCCGGAUCUGAAGAGAUCCUUCAAUGUCAUUCUGAACGGCGCCUGUUGGCCAAACAAUUUACUGGGCCAAUUCGAUGCGUUUGGCCAGCUUAAAGAUGUGAUUUUCCACGAUUUCGCUGGUGCAAGCUAUGGACCUGCUAUACGUGAUCUGCUGCAACUAAUCUUAACAGCAUCUGCGGCAAAAACUGAACAAUUUGACGCCUGUUUGCGCUACUAUACGGAUGAACUGACGGAAAAUCUAAAGUUGUUAAAGUUCAAGGGAAAGUUGCCCUCCUUAACGGACUUUCAGCUGGAUGUAAUUAACUACGGGCACUGGGCCUUUGAAAUUGUAACGGAAAUUCUGCCCAUUGUCUUGGCCGAUUACGAAUGUGACGAUACGGAUGAAUUGUUCAAAUAUGCUAAAUACUCUGCAGAAAUUAGAAAGCUGCUGCCCUGGCUGGAGAAUCGUGGCUACUUUGAGGUUGAAUAGCAAACGUAAUCAAUUUACAUAGGGCUUAAAGUCAACUUGUACAAAUUACUUUAAACAAAAAUAAAUGUAUACCAACAACCACCUGAUAAUCCCCUAAGAA